GCUCUCGACUCAGAGAAUUGAGCUUCGGCGAGAAAGCAACCGUAUCAGGCACACAUACCCAAACACACACAUACGGACCGACCGACGCAGGCAUUAUGGGUACUAGAGGACGGCGGAGGAAGCUGCGUGAGCGGGAAGCGCAGGCCCGGCAGCAGCAGACCGAGGACGCGCAAAAAGGUUACGGCAGCGAUGAAGAUGACGACGACGAUGCGGACGAAGUGGUGACGAUGGGUAACGGACCCUUCCAACCACCCGUCGACGCGAUGGGGCGGCUAAAAAUGAAAAAGAACGACUUCUUCCGGAUGCAGGAUGCGGAGGUGUUGGAGCAGAUGCAGGAGGAGCACCAGACGCGACGGCAGCAGACGCAGUCCGGCGUCGUGGUGGUGGGUGGGGCCAGCCGCAAACGGGGGCGUCAUCGCAGCAGCGGCCGUGCGGAGCCGGAGUCAGCGCAGGACGUCGCGGCGGCGACGGCGCGGGAUUACCUCGGCCAUGACUACGACCACGCGGACCUUUUCGGCAUUUACGGCGGAAACGCGGCCCGGGCGACGCUCUCCUCUUCCUCCUCUUCCUCCGCCUUGCAGGCAAACAAGAGCGAAAAGCGAAGGCGUCCCGGCAAGGAUGGCAAUGAAGGCAGGGGAGGCGCCGUGCGUGAAGGCGCUGCGACGUCUGUCGACAGCGCGGGUAGCCUUGUGGAGGCGGAGAAUGAGCUGCUCGAACAGCGCCGCCGCGCCGCUCACGGUGCGCUCUUCAACCAUCCUCUUAUUGGGCUUGAUGCCGUCGUGGUGGGGGCCCUUCAACAGGAAGGCUUUCACCGCAUGACCCGCAUUCAGGAGCGAAGUAUUCCGUACGCCCUCGAAGGUUACGACUUGCUUGGUCAGGCCUGCACCGGCUCAGGUAAAACACUCGCCUUCUGUGUGCCCCUCUUGCACAUGGCGAAGAACACCAUUAAGAAGUAUCCGCACGCCACCGUCGGUCUCAUACUCGCCCCUACGAAGGAGCUGUGUGUGCAGACGCACACCAUCCUCACUACUCUGUGCAAGAACAUCGCUGCCGUGCCUGCCUCCGACGGCGGCGUCCUCUAUCACGUGCAGCUCAUCACCGGCGGAACGAAAAUGACGGAGGAGCGACGACAGCUCACUUCGGGUGUGUCCUCCAUCGUUGUGGGCACACCAGGUCGUAUUCAUGAGCACGUCGUUCACUGCAAGGGCUGGGAUCUCUCCCGGCUGCGGCUUCUCGUGCUGGAUGAGGCAGAUCGGAUGCUGGCAGAAGGCUUCCAGCGUGAUUUGGACGCCGUCAUCUCCCGCAUCCCGAAGGGGCGGCAGACUUUUCUGUUUUCAGCGACGAACUCCAAAUCGGUGCGGGAGCUGGCGCGGCUGUCCCUGUCUCGCCUCCCGCUGUUCAUCAGCACCUCGGGCAGUGCCCCGUCUGCGGUGGACACGUCAGAGGGAGGGACAGCGGAGGGUAACGUGGCGUCGGCGAAGGCACAGUUGCCGCCGUACCGAUUGUUUAACGAUCCAGAAAGCGAAGACGAAGCGGAACGCGCGGAUACCGCUGGGAAUGAGGAGGAAGAGGAAAGGCAGGAGGAUGAGCCGUCCGAUCGCUACAGUGACGACGCAGAGGGCAAAGACAACGCCAUCCCUUCCUCACUCCGGCAGUUUGGCCACAUUGUGCCCUCGCAAGACCGUCUGCGUGCCCUCUACACCUUUGUGAAGCAGGUGGCCCGUCGCGCCAAGGCGAUGGUCUUCUGCUCCACCGUCGCCAGCGCCACCUUUCACUGCCAAAUGAUGGGCUCCGUCGGCUUCCACGACGACGUGAUGAUGCUGCACGGCCACAUGAAGCACCGCCAGCGUGUGCAGGCUUUCCAGGUCUUCACGGACUGGAAAACCGGCGUGCUCUUCUGCACGGACGUGGCAGCGCGCGGGCUGGACAUCCCGCACGUGUCGUGGAUUCUCCAGUACGACCCUCCGCUGGAUCCGACGGAGUACAUCCACCGCAUCGGUCGCACGGCGCGUGCCGGCAGCGUGGGCAACUCCCUUCUCUUCUUAACGCCGGAGGAGGCGCCUUUCCUGCGCUACCUUGCCAGCUUCGACAUCCACCUGCAGAAGUACCCGAUGCCGGAGAGACUGCCGCGCAUUCAGGAGAAGUUUGAGCACGUGCUUCAGCUGGACGAGGUGGUGGCCAAGAGCGCCGUCACGGCGUAUCGCGCGCACAUCGGGGCCUAUCAGAGCCACAUUCUGAAGGAGACUUUUGACGUUCACAAGCUCGAUUUGGAGGCGCUGUCGAAGGCGUUUGCGCUGACCGCCGUACCCCACGUCACGCUGCCUCGCAACACCGAAGAGGAGAAGCGCAAGGAGUACGUGAAGGGCAAAUUGAAGUCACUUAACCGACGCAGGUUGGAUGCGCUGCGGCAUUACGAGAUGAACAAGACGCGGCCGCAGUGGGAGGAGGGUAGCUUUAUCGGGGUACGGCGCCCCUCGUUGAAUUGA